CAACUAUCGUCCUGUUAUUGCUUGCUAUUCUCUCUCGAACGAUCUUUGUUCUUCGUAGUAAGCAAAGCAAAAAUGGUGAAAGGUCCAGGUCUCUACACUGACAUCGGCAAAAAAGCCAGAGAUCUUCUGUACAAGGAUCACAACAGUGACCAGAAAUUGAGUAUCACCACUCAGUCUCCAGCCGGUGUUGCCAUCACUUCAAGUGGAACUAAGAAAGGUGACCUACUCUUGGGAGAUGUGGCUUUUCAGUUGAAGCAGAAAAACAUCACUACUGAUUUGAGAGUUUGCACUGACAAUACCGUUUUGAUCACUGCUACGGUUGAUGAGGCUGCGCCUGGACUCAAGUCAAUCUUCAGCUUCAGGGCCCCUGACCAAAAUUCCGGAAAGAUUGAGCUUCAGUACUUGCAUGACUAUGCCGGUAUCAGCACGAGCAUGGGAUUGACUCAGAACCCGACUGUCAACUUCUCUGGUGUCAUUGGAACCAAUGUGUUGGCUGCCGGCACAGACGUUUCCUUCGACACCAAAUCCGGCAAUUUCACCAAGAUCAAUGCUGGGUUAAACUUCACUAAGGAUGAUUUAAUUGCAUCCCUUACCGUGAACGACAAAGGAGAUUCUAUCAACGCGUCAUACUACCACAUUGUUAACCCGCUGUUCAACACUUAUGUUGGAGCAGAAGUGAGCCACAAGUUCUCUAGCAAGGCCAACACCAUAACCGUGGGAGCGCAGCAUUCACUUGACCCCUUGACCAUGGUGAAGACACGGGUGAACAGUGCGGGGAUAGCUAAUGCACUCAUUCAACACCAGUGGACACCCAGGUCCUUCUUCACAAUCUCUGGAGAAGUUGACACGAAGGCUAUUGACAAGAAUGCUAAGGUUGGAUUGGCUCUUUCUCUCAAGCCCUGAAAAUGAACUAAGCAAAGAAUAGUUUUUUCCGACUUGGUUCUAUUUGGUGGCUACUGCUAAAAACUUUCCCCAUUUUCUUGUCGGCUUUGUAGAGAAUAAAAAAGGUUGAAAAGAUCGUCUGUCUUGUUGACAUGAUGAAACACUAAAAUCCUUUGAGUUCUGUUUCUAUUGUUUGCUAUGCACUUUGUUCUUUUCACUCGAUAUUUUGUUUUCGCGACUUUCCUGAGAUUAAGCAUUGCUUUUUUUGUGUCGGAUUUUUC